AUGACUUCUCAGCUAAAGCAAGCGAUGCAGCCCGCCUCAGCAAGUUUAAUCGCUCUUUCACGCAUGACUGCCAGCAUGAAAAAAUUGUCUGAGACGUCUUCUCUGUCCGCCAGGCCACCCGCGCCACAUCGCCAGCUUACAUCGUCGACAAAUUUAAGCUCCAAUGAAAUCGCUUUCUAUUUGGACAAUUUUUCUCCGGAUUCUGAUCGCAAAGGCGAAAUGGGUUAA